AUGAAGAGGGACAUGGAUAGGUUCAAUACAAAUAUAAAUAGUCGAUCGACUAGGAAUGUAUUGGGAUUGGAUGAUAACAAUAGUAUGAAUAGAUCAUCACCAAACAGCUUCAAUUCAGAACAGUUGGUCGAACAACGCAAUGAUGAACAAGGUCAAAUGCUUAAAGAGAAGACAGAGGUUCUGAAAAGAAUAAGCAUAGAUAUAGAGUCACAGGUUCGCGAGAGUAACUCAUUGCUGGAUGACUUGAAUGGCGAUUUGUCGAAUGCACAAGCAUUGUUGUCCAACACCAUGAAGAAGUUGACACACCUUGCACAGACGGCCACCAGUCGACACAUGAUGUAUCUGAUCCUCUUUGUUGUAUUUGUAUUCCUACUACUCUACUACAUCAUCAGCUGGGGAAGAAGACCAACA